GCACUCUCCUUGCCCCGCUCAGGGUUGUGGGAGCAGCGGGUGGGCCGGGCCCAAGCGCUGACGGGUGGUUGUCUCUUGAUCCGUAGUUGGUGCGCAAGAGGCACGUCCUCUCCCGGCUCCAAGAUGCCCUGGCCUGGCAGGCGCUGCCGGUCAUCCAGCUGCUGGCACCCGACGAGAGGGUCUGCGUUCAUUUGAUAGGAACUCUCUUUGGUAAGAACUCUGCUGUGGCCUCACGCAGCAGCAGGGAGAAGGCUAAAACCUUUGUUUGUGAAUAGGUGUAUAUGUGCGAAGCUUCUCCACAUUUAGAAGCAAAAAAAAGCCUCAACCCCAAACCAAGAGAAUAUUGAGGUACCUAAUUCUGUAAUUCCGCCAUUCUGUGUUAGGUGCGUUAUGAGCUUCAUGUGGAAAUCUGCCUGUCACUUGAUUUAGAAUAGGGUAAUAAAUCUCCUUCCUCCCCAAGGAGCAGGUUUGGCAUGUGCAUAAAGCUUUUGCAGUUUUCCAAAGCAUCUUGAUGUUAUCUGUAAAGUCUUUCUGAAGAACAGAGGGAGUGCCUGGUGUAGGGCUGUUCCCUGAAUGCCCUCCAUUCUGGUGCCUCAGUGCUUUCUCCUCUUGCUGAGCUGUGGAUUACAUGAAGAUUCAGACAGAAAUGAAAGUGUGAGCUUAAAAGAGUGUUGCAGGAUUUAAUAUCAAAUUAAAUGCAAAAUAUAAAUCUACAUAGCGAUUUUUUUGUUCACACCACCACUUUACGUCUGUAGGAAUCCUUGUAGCCACAGGACUGCAAUAGCUGCUUCAUUCUGCUGGGUCAGCCUCGCAGCAGAACAGCAUUCAGAGGGAUGCCAGAAAGUGCCUUUCCAGUAACGGUCUCUGGAUGUUGCAUACUGUGGAAGACAGCAGUGCCCUGGACCUGUUCAUAGAAGUUCUGGUGCGGCUUGUAGUGGAGCUGAAGUCAGAACAGUACUUUCGCUGCAUUUUGGAUGAAAGCCAGAAAGAGCUGUGCAAAGCAACUACCAUGAGAGGCAGCCUGCCCACGUUCACUCUCUUGGGCAAGCUGGCAGAUGCCAUCCCAGGCUUUGCUGAUAUAUUGGUGGUAGAGCACAGUAAUUUAGUGGAUCAUCUGCUGAUGGGUUUGGCAUACCCAAAUGAGGGCAUAAAGGCUGCUGUCUGCUACUUGUAUGGCAAGCUGUACUCCUGCGCUGUUGGCACAGAACGGCUCUCAGCACACUUUGAAGAAAGGCUGUGUGGUCUCUUCCUGAAUACCUUGGGGCGUGCACAGACAAAGGAGCUGCAGAUCAAUUGUUUGGGUUUGCUAAAGGAGCUGCUGAAAUCUGACCAUUUUGUAUCUAUUCUUAUGAAUAAUUCAAAGCCAGAGGAGGAGUCUGAGAACCCUGACCUUUUAGAAGGGGAAAAUCCACUGCCACUUGUUCUCAAAAAGCUUUUGUUGACCAGAGAUGAGAUGUUACAGGCAGCAAGUUCUCACUGUAUGGCUGCAGUGCUGGUUCACUCUCCCAGCAGAUAUGCUCCUGCUUUUAUCCAUGCUGAUGUCCCAGAAUUCCUGUUUGAGUGUCUCUUGUGCAACAGUGAAAUUCUCAUCUGGUCAGUGUAUUGCUGCCUGCUCCUCCUCACUGAAGAGCGCCUUUUCUUCUCAAAGUGUCACACAGUCUAUGGCAUUGAAUCUCUGAUGAGGAGUCUUCAAGAUGUCCUGCAGCUGAACAAUGUGGAGUUGCACAAACAAGGGCUCCUGCUCUUCACUGAAAUCCUGAAGCGGCAACCAGUGGAAAUCAAACUAUUCACAAACCGAGGUGUAUGUAUAGAAGCCAUUGAUGUUUUGAUGGAGACGGUGAAUUGCCCAGUGCUUGAGGUGGCAGUGGAGGCUGUGAGAGCUGUGGCAGCUUUCCUGAGGAAGGACCAUCUGAGCUCCCCACCAGUCCCAUACGAAGAGCUGCAGAAGCUGCUGGAGGCAGUGCUGAAGCGAUGUGCUGACCUUUGCUCACCCCAGAGUAGCAAGGGGCAUGCAGGUGAUCUCCUAUUCUCAGUGUCUCAGAGUCACCCAGCAAACAGAAGUCUCAGCAGAGUUCCUCAAAGACAGGGCCAGUUCUUGCUCAAUACCCUGGAAAGUUUCAGAAAUGCUUGCAGGUUAGCAGUGGAAUUCCAGAGUGACUUCAUGGCCCAAGAGAAUGCUUUCACUGCCCCCAACUCCGAGAGCAAGGACACACUAAGCAACUUCUCUGAGUUCCUGUUGAGGAUUUGUGACAGUCUCUGCAUCCCCAUGGUUAUGAACUACCUGGAAAGGGCUGUCAGCCCAUCAGUGAUGGAGGUUUUCAUCUCAACACUUAAUACCCUCUUUACAGUGGUGCCAAACAUGCAGAAUAAGUUCUCCAAAAAGCUGGCAUCUUCAUCCUUCAUCCGACUGACACUGGAGCUGAAGGCCAGAUUUUGCUCUGUACAAAGUAAUCCUGCCUUGAAUCAGGCCUGUUCCAGAUUCCUCUGCAGCUUGUGCUUGAGCCUUUACUCUGCCACAGAGAAAGAGAGAACUUCGUCUCAGGAAGAGCAAGACAUUUCUGAGCUCCUGCAGAAAGGUCUGCCUCAAUUAAACUACACCAUUGCUGAGAGCCUUCUCCUCCUGGUUGAAACCCCUGAGCCUUUCUCUUUGGAUCAGGCUCUUUGCAGCCACCAACACUGCUUCAUACUACUCUUAUACUUUGCCUACACCCUUGAGGACAGGUUUGUCCCAGAAGCAGAAUUAUUUUUAGCCGUAAGAAAUUUCCUCCUAUCAGCACAGGACCAUGGGGACUGUCCCCCUCCAUAUAUACUCAGAGCUGCACUUUACCUCCUUGCUAUCUGUCAGGACAAAGGCGAAGCAUUGGACUUGAGGUCGUUGUGUACCAUAAGGAGGAUCCUGGAUAAUCUUCCAGAUCUGAGCUUGGUCUAUGUCCAUUGCCCUCUCCUGCUGAAAUUCUUCCUGCGCUACCCUGAACUUAUGGGGAGAUUUGGACACCAAGUCCUCCAACUCUGGUUUUCCUGGGGAGACUGCAAGCAAACUGGGACUGAAGAAGCUGGUUUUGGCAUGUCUGAUCAGCUGAACAGUGCUAACCCAUUACUUCCCAUUCUGAAGAGCAAUUCCAGCAUUUUACUUAUUUUACUGGACCUGGUCUGCUCAAGCUCUGUGGAGGUGGCUUGGAAGGUGUUGAUGACUCUAAAGACCUUCCUGGAAAGCGAUGACCAUGUCCUUGUCUGUGACCUCCUCCGAAGUCAGUUCCUACAGAUUCUGCAGCAGCUGCUGGUAGAGAGCAGCUCAGCAUCCUUACAAGCUAACAGGAACCUGCCUGUUUUGCUGAGCCUCCUUUUCCUGGUGCAGCUGCGAAGCAAGGGUGUGAGGGAGCUGGACAGCACAGACUUCAAGCUGCUUCACCAGGUCAGUAAUCUCUGUGGGAAAUGCGGGCCAAGGGACACUGACCUCCUGCAGCCAUCCUUGAAUUUUCUGUACUGGAGCCUUCAUCAGACAACACCUGGUAGUCAACAGAGAGCAGUGGCUGUGCUGCUCUCCAACGUGCCCUUGCUCGAGCUCCUCCAAAAGGUUUUGGAGUGCACCUGGUUGCGGUCCCCUCCCUCCGAACCUGCUGCUAACCUCUCACCUGAGGAUGCCUUGCUGUGCUCUGGGUGGCUGCUGGUUGCAUCCCUUUUACUUUCUCAGCAUCGCUACAAUACUGAGGUUCACCAGACACUCUCUCUAGACCUAACAGAAGUCCUGAAUGAAGUCAUCUUCAGGAAGAAGAAGCCAAUCCUGCUGUUAGUGAGCAUCAUGCAGUUCCUGAGAGCUGUCCUGCGACAGAACUUCUCCUCCUCCCUGCUGGUGAUCAUUGGUCAAAGCACAGUCCAGGCUGCUACACAACCACAGCCACCAUCACUGCAGGAUGCUGCCUUGCACCCCCUUGUCCCACAGCAGGUCUUCUCGCUUGUUGCCAGUCUGCAGAACCUUCUGGUGCAUGUGCAGUUGAAGAAAGACUUGCUGCUCUCUCAAGCUGUGGUUGCCUGCCUGGAAACUUUAGUGGAAUACCUGUCUGAGAAGAACCAGGAUGUUGCUCUACAUGUUGCUUCCCAGCCCUGGCAUCGAUUCCUGCUCUUCACACUACUUGAUGGGGGCCAGAAGUCCUUUCUGCAGCCAGAAGUUCUCAGACUGAUAACAUUGUUUCUGAGAUACCAGAGCAGCAAUAUUAUUUCUCAAAAAGAAAUCAGCCAGAUUCUCCAGGAGGCAGCAGAAGCCAACUUGGCAGAGCUGCCUGAGGCCACAUCUCGUGCUCUUCACCUCUUCCUUUGUCAGAUUCAGAGCAGUCAGUUCCAGGUGGAGCCAGUGCAGGCAGGGACCAUUCAGACGUUGCUGGAGCACCUUCUGGGACAGAGGACCACAUCUGUAAAACAUCAGGACAUUGUAUGCCUGGGAGGUGUGGCAGUGUCCCUGUCGCACAUUGGAGACUGAAACAAGAAGAUGUGGUGCACCCAGCCAGAGGAACAAGGCAAGAAUGGAACCGGACACUCCAUCCUGCUGUUAUUCCCAGUGAGUAGCAGAGAGAAGAUGGACAGAGAAAGUAAUUUGUAGCUCAUUUUCAGAAAAAGGUUUGUUGAAAGUCAUUUAUAAAGCCCAGUUACUGAAAUGCC